GUCCGGGGUUAGGUUGGCAGGCCAGCGCGCGUUGAGAUAAGUGACUGUCCCCGCGGCAGAUGGGCACGGCGGUAGGAAGCUGGCGGCCGGCUAUGCUGGCCUGGGUCCUGGUCCUGGUCCUGCUGGCCGGGGCCGGGGCGCUGGAGAAUGGGCUGGCCCGGACCCCCACCAUGGGCUGGCUGCACUGGGAGCGCUUCAUGUGCACCACCGACUGCGCCCGCGAGCCGCUCUCCUGCGUCAGUGAGCAGCUGUUUAUGCAGAUGGCUGACUUGAUGGUGUCAGAUGGCUGGAAGGAUGUAGGCUAUGAGUAUGUCUGUAUUGAUGACUGCUGGAUGUCUCUGACCCGAGAUGAUCAGGACAGGCUCCAACCUGACCCAGAACGCUUCCCCAGUGGGAUCCGCAAACUGGCCGACUAUGUCCAUUCCAAAGGGCUGAAGCUGGGGAUUUAUGGGGAUGUUGGAAACAAAACCUGCGCUGGCUUCCCUGGCAGUUAUGGCUACUAUGACCUUGAUGCCCAAACCUUUGCUAACUGGGGUGUGGACCUGCUGAAGUUCGAUGGCUGUAACUACGGCACACAGGACCAGCUGGCAGAAGGUUACAGGAACAUGUCUCUGGCCCUGAAUAAGACUGGCAGAAGCAUUGUGUACUCUUGUGAAUGGCCUCUCUACAUGAGACCCAUGCAGAAGCCCAAUUACACAGAAAUCAAACACUACUGCAAUCACUGGAGGAACUUUGCUGACAUCUAUGAUGCCUGGAACAGUGUUAAGAAUACCCUGGAGUGGACGGCUUUACACCAAGACAGCAUUGUGGAUGUUGCUGGGCCAGGGGGCUGGAAUGACCCUGACAUGCUGGUGAUUGGCAACUUUGGAUUGAGCUGGGACCAGCAGGUGACUCAGAUGGCGCUGUGGGCUAUCAUGGCAGCUCCACUGCUCAUGUCCAAUGAUCUACGUCAUAUCAGCCCCCAGGCCAAGUGGCUGCUCCAGAACAAAGAUGUGAUUGCCAUCAACCAGGACCCACUGGGCAAGCAAGGAUACUGUAUCACCAAGGAUAACAACUUUGAGCUCUGGGAGCGGCCUCUGUCAAGGGGUUCCUAUGCUGUGGCUGUGAUGAAUCGACAGGAGAUUGGAGGACCCCGGAUCUUCAGCUUCUCUACCUCUUUCCUUGGCAAUGGCCUGGCAUGCAACCCUGCAUGCUCCAUCCAGCAGAUCCUCCCCACCAGUGAGGACUGGGGACUACACGACUGGGUCUCAUUCUUGAACACUGAGGUGAACCCAACGGGUACUGUGCUGCUGAAGGUGGUGGUGAUCGGGGAGUCCCCAGCUGAGAAGCCUGUCAUGAACAUCAACAAAAAGCCAUCUCCAGAUAUCUUAUAAUGUAAUGGUGACCUAAUUCCCCAGGCAACAGAGCUCCCUUGCUCCAAUCCUGCCCCUCCACAUCCAUGGGCAAUAAGUGCUGAAGAUCCCAUCAGUGAUGGGUGAACUUUAACCCUAAUCCAGCAAAAAGUACUGUAAUCUCUCUCCAUCCUUGUGUUGCAAUUACUGGGGAGAGGGUGCCUUUUACUUGUCCCUGCUAGAUCUAUCAGUCCUGCUCAAUGUAGCAUGUGACCUAACCUUCCUUUCUCUGGGGGCUAAAGGAUUGAGUCGGUCAGUUAGACUGGAUCAGCCUUCUGUAAAGACCUAACAGCCUUGGUAACAGGUGAGAAAACACAGAGCAAGCACAUACCAUGUUAGUGAGGUUCUUCAGUGGUGCCAGGACUCAGGGGAAGAGUGCUCCCCUCCUGCCUUAACAGCUUCCUCUCAGGCCUGUGUGACUGAUGUACACCAGCUGCAAGAAAACACACACUCCACCUUCAAACCCCCACCUGAAGUCAGUCACCCCCUACCCUUUUGCCUAAGGCUGCUCUCACCUUGCUGUGAUGACUGGGUCUUAAGCCAGUACUUUUUAAGGCUAUCGCUUUCUUGCUGGCUGUCUCCCUUUAAUUUGAGAAAAGGGCACUACAUCCCUGUAGUCAUAUCUCCCACUCAUGUGGCUUUCACUUUGUUCUAGGGGUUUUUUUUAAAUCCAUAUUUCUUCGGGGGAGGGCAGUCACCCAGCUGCCUUCAGCAGCUUACUGAUUGUCUUGGUGCCAGCAGCUGUAUGUUCCACUGCUGGCUCUGGAUUUUGGACUAAAGAAAUAGUUUUUGGUGCACGGGGAUUAAUCAUUAGGAACCCAGAGCUUGAGGAUGGUGUGUUAAAGGGGUAUCUCCCCUACCCACUGAUUUUGACUGGUGCGUUCUCCUUUCCUCCAGCAUCUCCUUCCUGUGUGGUAUAAUCUACCUUAAUAAAUACUAGAGGGGGUU